UCCUCCGUUUGCCCUGGAUCCAAACGGGUCUCUCGUGGCGCCCCCUCUCCUUGCUGCGCGAAAGCACUUUUCAGGGCUUGGGCCCAGAUCCCCGAAAGCCCCGCUUCGGGUGGGGCGCGCUGGGUGUCCCCCCGCCUAAUCCGGCCGACUCCCUGGGGCGGCGAGGGGCCAGGCUGUUAUUCCAGGGACAGAGGGCGGAGGGGGGCUGACUGUUUUCCACCAGGGCCCUCCUCCCUCUGCAGACAAUGAGUCCCUCACCCUCCCUCCGCCCCUCGGGUGCCCGUGAUUUGCUCCGGCGGCUGGGGGCGAUCCCAGCUCCGGUCGGCGUUUCCUGCGCUGCAGCGCCCCUAUAAAACCGUGGGCACCGAGCGAGCGGAGGCAUGACCGAGAUUUCCCAGCGCCCGGCGUGCAGGGGAGCCGCGGAUUGCUCGCCGGCAGCCCCCCACAGUCCGCCCCGUGCUCAGCUCCGCCGGCCCGCACCAUGCUGGGGCUCUGCUUGGCGCUGGUGGCCACGGCCCAGCUCGGGCGCUCGGCUCCCGCCCAGCCGCCGCCCGCGGGCGCUCAGUGCAUCGAGCACGUCUGCUUCGGCGUGUUCUGGGGGCGCCAGCGGUUCCCCGGCGCCAGCCGGCAAUGCCAGGCCCGCGGGGGGCAGCUCAUGACCGUGCGCUCCACGGUGGCGGAGGCCGCCAUCUCCCUGCUGGUCCAGAACCGGAGCGACGCCAGCCUGUGGAUCGGGCUGCAGCUGCCCCCGGACCAGGCGUGCUCGGACCCCGGCCGCCCGCUGCGGGGGUUCCGCUGGGUCACGGGCGACGAGAGCACGGACUACAACCGAUGGAGGUCGGGCGGCCCCGUCUGCGGGUCCCAGUGUGUCGCCGUGGCGGCCCCGGAUCUCACCUGGGAGGAGAAGCCGUGUGACUCCGAAGCAGACGGCUUCCUGUGUGAGUACAAUUACCCCGGCACGUGCCCCAAGCUCGCCCCCGUGGCUGGCCUGGCGGUGACCUACACCACCCCCUUCGGGGCGCAGGACAGUGACCUCCUGGUCCUCCCUCCCCACAGCACUGCCUCGGCCCCGGCCCUGGGCGUGGAGCUGGUGUGCCAGGAGCACAGCAGCGGGGGCAUGCGGUGGAGCUCCGCCAGCCCCGGGGCUUGGCACUGCCAGCUGGAGAACGGCGGGUGCGAGGCUUUGUGCCAGUGGGACGGCGGGACCCCGCGCUGCACCUGCCCCCCCGAGAAGCAGCUGGACCAGGACCAACGCAGCUGCUCUUCCCUGUGUGCCCACGCCCCCUGCGAGCACCUCUGCAUCCCGCUCGACGUGAACUUCACUUGCAUGUGCCACGAGGGCUAUGAGCUGGCUGGGGAUGGCAUGAGCUGCAGAGACAUCGAUGACUGUAAAACCAAACCGGACCUUUGCGACCAAGUGUGCAUCAACACCGACGGGGGCUUCCGCUGUCAGUGCCACCCGGGCUAUGAGCUGGUGGAGGGCAAAUGUGAGGACGUGAUCGAUUGCUACGAAGAGAAAUGUCAGCACCAAUGUGUUGAUGUGGCAGGGGGUUACACCUGCAACUGCUUUAGUGGGUACGCCCCAUCCCCCCAGGAUCCCCAUAAAUGUGUCCUAUUUUGCAACCAGACUGAAUGCCCAGCAGACUGUGACCCCCAUACACAGGAUACGUGCUACUGCCCGGAUGGCUUUGUUUUGGAUCACUACAAUGGUAGUGCAAAGAUGUGUGUUGAUAUUGACGAGUGUGAGGUAGAAUUUUGUGAGCAGCUGUGCACGAAUAAGCCAGGCAGCUACACGUGUCAUUGCCGGGAGGGGUACAGACUCUACAAACAGACCUUGUGUAUUUCUGAGGAUGAGUUUUCAGGUGAGACGGAGCUCUACCCGGAAACAGCAGCCCCCACCCGUGUCCCACCGAAGUCAGACAGCCUCCACCCCGGAGUGCUGAUCGGAAUCAGCAUUGGCAUCUUGUCCACAAUUUUGGUCCUGAUGGCCAUUCUCUAUCACCUGAUGAAGAAGCACUUCCCAGUUCAUGGAGCCAUGGAUUAUAAAUGUAGCCACAGGACGGAAAAGGAAGUGGUGCUGCAACAAGUUCCCCCAGGAUGCCCCCCUGCUAACCAGAAACUGUAAAGAAUCCCAUUGGAUUGGAAGGAGAAAGAUGGAAUCGGUUGGAAUUGUUCAAAUUUCCGAUGAAAAAUUUUCAAGGAAAGUUAUUAAACUAGCUGCAGAAAAAUAUGCUUUGCAAGAGAUGAGAAAACAGAAUGGCAAAGCAUAUAAUGCUGAGCUAAUCCCAUUUCUGCGGCUUUAAAGAAACCAGUAGAUGCCUUUUUGAUUCCCCCCUUUUCCAGACUUGGCAAUCUUUGUGGGGUUUAAAGAGAGAACUUUAUUAUAUUUUGUGCAUUGAGAAAACUGCCCUUGUUUGGAACUGACUAUUGAAAUCUGACCAUAAAAGAAGAGGAUAUAUGCAACUGACUAGUCCACAGGAAUAGACUUUGAAGUGGUGUGGUGAAAGCGACUUUCAUCCAGAGACAGUGUCAUGAGUUCUUUCCCACAUCAGACUGGAGCAAUCAGGAAGCGAUGGAAUGCUCCUGUGACAGACAUAGGUUUGGCUUAUUUUAAAAAAACUGCUAAUUACUAACAAGUAGCAAAGAUCUUUCCAUCCGUUCUUCCCCUACCUUCCAUCGUCCUGUCCUCUUUGUUAUCUGUAAGAAAUUGCAGCUCCCCACAUGUAUCUAUCUUAGGGGUUUGUACUGCCACCCAUUACCACAGUAUCUGAGCACCUUUCAUGUAAAAUCAAUAGCAAAAGCAAAGCCCCUAAUGGACUUUAUGGAAUCUCUGCCCCUUCCCCCUUUCAGGGUCAGAACUCUGCUUAUUUGGUUGCUGUUUGUUUGUUACAGGUUUUUUGUUUUUGAGGGGAGCAGGUGUUUGGGUACAUGGACUGUCAAUGGUGUGUCAUUCUUGCUAUGGUGGAAAAGCCUUCUCAUUUGAUGGUUGUGUCUUCCAGUCACAUUUCCUCUAGAGGUUUUGUUCCCCUUCUCUCACUGUCAGGUUAAAACAUCAUUAACAAAACCAGUUCAUAUUCUCCUGUUGAUAAGAACAUAAGAACGGCCAUACUGGGUCAGACCAAAGGUCCAUCUAGCCCAGUAUCCUGUCUUCCGACAGUGACCAACGCCAGGUGCCCCAGAGGGAAUGAAUAGAACAGGCAAUCAUCAAGUGCAGGGCCAGCUUUAGGCCGAUUCGCCUGAUUCCCUGGAAUCGGUCCCCGUGCCUAAGAGGGCCCCGCGCCUUAGGCGCCUUUUAAAUUUUUUUUAUUCACCCUGGCAGUGGUCCGUUCCAGGGUCUUUGGCAGCCCCGCUCUCCUGGCUGGAGCUCCGGCCGGAGCGCGGUGGCCCCGUGACCCCGGCUGGAGCGCGUCAAGCCCACAGCCCUGCUCUCCUGGCUGGAGCUCUGGCCGGAGCGCGGCGGCCCCGCGACCCCAGCCGGAGCGCUGCAAGCUCCAUGGCCCCGCUCUCCUGGCUGGAGCAAGGCGACCCCGCGACCCUGGCCAGAGCGCAGCAGCCCCACGACCCCAGCAAGAGCCCUUGGCCCCAUGACCCCUGCCGGAGCGCGGCAAGCCCCACGGCCCCGCUCCCCUGGCCGGCAAUCUGAAGUGCCGCCGAAGACUGGGAGCGCCGCCCAGUGAGUACAAGCCCCAGGAAUCGGGCCCUCCACUUGCUAAAGCUGGCCCUGAUCAAGUGAUCCAUCCCCUGUCACCCAUUCCCAGCUUCUGGCAAACAGAGGCUAGGGACACCAUCCCUGUCCAUCCUGGCUAGAGACAUCAUCCCUGUCCAUCUUCCAUGAAUUUAUUUUGUUCUUUUUUAAACCCUGUUAUAGUCUUGGCUUUCACAACAUCAUCUGGCAAGGAGUUCCACAAGUUGACUGUGCAUUGUGUGAAAAAAUACUUCCUUUUGCUGUUUUAAAUCUGCUGCCUAUUAACAUGAUGGCAGGGCAUUUUUGCCCAGUGCUGCUAAAUCCCUUGGCCCCUGUCCAGAUGGUUGCUAUGGGCCCAAUCCUGCCCACACCGUGGCAAAACUUCAUUGACUUCAGUGGGAGCAGGCUCAGGUCCUCUGUCUGCCAUCCAGUACUAUAGUGGGCAAAAUCUGAAAAAAAUAUUUCACAUUUUCCUUUCCAGAUCCUUUUAUCAAGUGUUGAGAUGAAGGGUUAGGAGGUUAUAAAAGCCUAGGGUCAGACCAGUGUUCAAAGGAAUCGGGUAGUACAACCUUCAUGAGAUUGUGGGAGAAAAUAAGCCCAAAUGCUGAGAGGACUCUAAGGGCCUUUUUCUGCUUCUAUUAAGCCAAUGGAAGCUUUGACAUUGGCUUCAAGAGGAGCAUGAUUGAGCUCUACCGGAUAGGGUCCCGUGCCUAUUAAAUAUUGAUAUACAGCAGUGCUGUUUUCUAGCAGUACAUUUUACAAUUCUGGGAUAGCAAACCCAGACAUAUAGGUGACGGCUUGCAAAUGAACUGAUUGAUAAAGAAGCAUGCAGGCUACCAGCUGGUUGCACUUAAGAAAGUUUACUGUUAAGAGAUUGAGAAACUUGAUUUUUCUACAAAAAAAUCAUGCAUCUGAAGAAGUGAGGUUUUUACCCACAAAAGCUUAUGUCCAAAUAAAUCUGUUAGUCUUUAAGGUGCCACCAGACUCCUUGUUGUUUUUGUAGAUACAGACUAACAUGGCUACCCCCUGAUACUUGAUUUUUCUAAUCUUCCUCUUUUUGGGUGAAAAUAACUGUAGGUACAUACAAAGUGAGACUGCUAUCACAUGGUAUUAUUUUUUUCCUGAUAUGUCAGAAUGAUCAAAGUACAUUUCAACUUUUGAAAAAAAGAAAGAGAAGAAGAAAUGUGUUACAUGAAAUCUAGCUUUCUUACUGUAAAUGGUUCAAUCCACAGUUUUGUAAAUGCAGCACAUUUGUAAAUAGUUAUUUAUUUAUUGGAACUGUACCCUAUGCAAUGCAUAAUCACUUUGUGAUUUCACAGGCAUACAAAUAAAGCUUGACAAACCUGGUUUGUAG